GGAGGGUUUAAAGCCAGGUGCGCAUAGUCAGCUCGCCAUGUCCAGAUCCGGGGACAGGACCUCCACCUUCGACCCCAGCCACAGCGACAACCUGCUGCACGGCCUCAACCUGCUGUGGAGGAAGCAGCUGUUUUGCGACGUGACCCUGACGGCCCAGGGCCAGCAGUUCCACUGCCACAAGGCCGUGCUGGCCUCCUGCUCGCAGUACUUCCGCUCGCUCUUCUCCAGCCACCCCCCUCUCGGGGGAGGGGUCGGCGGCCAGGACGGCCUAGGGGCUCCCAAGGACCAGCAGCAGCCGCCGCAGCCGCAGCAGCCACAGCAGCCACCGCCGCCGCAGCAGGAGGAGCCCGGGACUCCCUCCUCCUCCCCCGACGACAAGCUGCUGACCAGUCCCCGGGCCAUCAACAACCUGGUGCUGCAGGGCUGUUCGUCCAUCGGGCUGCGCCUGGUGCUCGAGUACCUCUACACGGCCAACGUGACCCUCUCUCUGGACACCGUGGAGGAGGUGCUGUCGGUCAGCAAGAUCUUGCACAUCCCUCAGGUCACCAAGCUCUGCGUGCAGUUCCUCAACGACCAGAUCUCAGUGCAGAACUACAAGCAGGUGUGCAAGAUCGCCGCGUUGCACGGCCUGGAGGAGACCAAGAAGCUGGCCAACAAGUACCUAGUGGAGGAUGUACUGCUGCUCAACUUCGAGGAGAUGCGCGCCCUGCUGGACUCGCUGCCGCCCCCCGUGGAGUCGGAGCUGGCCCUCUUCCAGAUGUCCGUGCUGUGGCUGGAGCACGACCGGGAGACCCGCAUGCAAUACGCGCCAGACCUCAUGAAGCGCCUCCGCUUCGCGCUCAUCCCGGCCCCGGAGCUGGUGGAGCGGGUCCAGUCGGUGGAUUUCAUGCGCACCGACCCAGUCUGCCAGAAGCUGCUGCUGGACGCCAUGAACUACCACCUGAUGCCCUUCAGGCAGCACUGCAGGCAGAGCCUGGCCAGCAGAAUUCGCUCUAAUAAGAAAAUGCUGUUAUUGGUUGGAGGAUUGCCUCCCGGGCCAGACCGGCUCCCCAGCAAUUUGGUUCAGUACUAUGAUGAUGAAAAGAAGACAUGGAAAAUACUCACAAUUAUGCCAUAUAACAGUGCCCACCACUGCGUUGUGGAGGUAGAGAAUUUCUUGUUCGUGUUGGGUGGAGAGGACCAAUGGAACCCUAAUGGAAAACACAGUACAAAUUUUGUCAGCCGAUAUGAUCCCCGUUUUAACAGUUGGAUACAACUCCCACCCAUGCAAGAAAGAAGAGCCAGUUUCUAUGCAUGUCGGCUGGACAAACAUUUAUACGUUAUUGGUGGAAGGAAUGAAACCGGCUAUUUGUCUAGUGUGGAAUGCUACAACCUAGAAACCAACGAAUGGCGUUAUGUGUCAUCGUUGCCACAACCUCUGGCAGCUCAUGCAGGCGCAGUGCACAAUGGGAAGAUAUACAUUUCAGGGGGUGUACACAAUGGAGAAUAUGUCCCUUGGCUAUACUGCUAUGACCCUGUCAUGGAUGUCUGGGCUAGGAAACAAGACAUGAACACAAAACGUGCAAUCCAUACUUUGGCUGUAAUGAGUGAUCGCUUGUAUGCAAUUGGAGGAAAUCAUUUGAAAGGCUUCUCCCACCUUGAUGUAAUGCUUGUGGAGUGCUAUGACCCCAAAGGUGAUCAGUGGAACAUUCUUCAAACUCCCAUUUUGGAAGGUCGAAGUGGCCCUGGGUGUGCUGUGCUUGAUGACAGCAUUUACCUUGUGGGAGGCUACAGCUGGAGUAUGGGAGCCUACAAAUCAUCUACAAUAUGCUACUGUCCAGAAAAAGGCACCUGGACAGAACUUGAAGGAGAUGUCGCAGAGCCACUGGCAGGUCCAGCCUGUGCAACGGUCAUUCUCCCCGCUUGUGUACCGUAUAACAAAUAACACCAGGAGACUGCAGAAUGAACAGUCUCACAUUCUAGGAAAUAGUGGCAGGUGAUGUCACCAUUACAAUCGGAGUAACACAUUCUAAUGGUACAACUGCUGAAACCCACCUGUGGUUUCUGAUGAUUUAUAAGUAACUUCAAAAGAAAAAAACUAAAAAACUAAAUAAAAAAAAAAAACCUGUUCUUAAACAGAAACUGUGUCUGUAACUCAGAUUACACCAAACUUCCCGUGGUGACAGACUCUUCCAUGUCAGACUGGUUUUAACGUGUCCCAGCUUUCCAAAAACUCCUUACAUGGAUCUUAACCUUCAAAAGGAGGAAAACAAAAUACAGAAGCGUGCCCCCCCCCCCCAGAGAGACCUAAGAUCAGUAUUGUGCAUUGUAGUCUACCUGCAUGUGAUCUAUGUUAAGUUUUGGGGAUAUUGUGUUCAUGAAUGAUUGAAAAAUUUGACCCACCAAAAUACUCACAUUGCAUUAAGAAAUUACUACUUGAUUCUAUACUCCUAAUCAGUGGCAACUUCACAAGACUCUGUAGACAACACAGUUAUAGCAAAUCAUAUAAAAUUAAAGAGGAACACUUUUCUUUCUAUCAAAUUUCAUAGCAUAUAUCUGCUGCCCUUAACACCUCAUGGAAUCAGAGAAGGGAAGAUAGUAGCUUUUGUCAGGAUUGCUUUCUUCCCUGUAGAUCUUAGGCUAACCAGAAUCAUAAUCACACUAUCCUUCAUUUUAUUGGAAAAAAGAAAGUAAAAUACACUAUGUGUCACUAUUUGGUUCAUACAAGCUCAUUCUCUCUCUCUCUCUCUCUCUCUCUCCUCUCUCCUCUCUCUCUGUAAACACAUCUGUCAUUUGCUUUAAAAGGCAGAACUGGUAGAGCCAGAAUACAAUAUUAGAGAAAUAUUAGAGGUGAGGGAGAUAGUAUAAUGGUUAUGCAAAGAGACUUUCAUGCCUGAGGUUCCAAAGUCCCAGGUUUAAUGCCCAGAACAACUAUAAGCCAGAGUUGAGCAGUGCUCUGCUAAGAAGGAAGGAAGGAAGCAAGGGAGAGAGGGAAGGAGGAAGGAAGGAAGGAAGGAAGGAAGGAAGGAAGGAAGGAAGGAAGGAAGGAAGGAAGGAAGGAAGGAUAAUACAUCGGACCCAAAUUUAACCCAUAUUAACUCAUAAUGAAAACUUGGGGAUUGUUUUUAAGAAUUCAGAGGAAAAUGCUGUUAAACAUAUAUAUUUCAUUUAAGUAUAGCCCUCAUUGUCUCUUUCCCUAGCACACAACUCUUAAAAGCAAUUGGAACAAGUCACAGCAUCUAACAAAAUAUAUUUGCUUCUUUUCACCUCUGGCUCUAGAAGUCACUUAGAUGUCUCUGGAAUCAUACAUGGCUUACCUGCAUUGUUCCCCAAAUCAUCGUAUUUGUUUGUUAUCACCAGAGAUACCUGAACUCAGUUCAGUGAGUAAUUGCUAAUUGUCUUUAGAAGCAUAAGGAACUUAACAGCAGAGGUCAGGAAAGCAUGAGUCAGUCUCAGUGUGCCAAUUGCCAAUCAUAGAGCAAAACUGACAGGAACGCGGAUUUGAUUUUUAAACUCUCCAGAGACGAAACAACAGUUAGGAGUAAGUAAAGGCCUAACAUAGAGCCCAGAGAUAAUGUUGAAUCCCUAAAAAAAAAAUGUAAAAAUGUUUCCUUCACAACAGCAUGGGAAAACCACAGAUUAAAAAUGCCUUGGUAAUGAGCUUUCACUGUGGAAUGUGUCACGAUGAAUGGGUGUGCUGGAAUCCAAUGCCGUUUCUACAGUCAAGUGCAAUCUUCAUUGUCUUUUUGUAUUUAUUUGUAUGUUCAGAUCCAAAGGAUCCGUUGUAAAAAUAUAGAUAUAGAUAUAUAUAUAUAGAUUCACAUACACCCAGUGCAAUCAACUUUCAUUUCCUUUUCCUUGGAGACAUAUGAAUAUAUAGAAAAGAAAGUCAUUGUACUUUGUGGGAAAUUUCCUGCUGACACCAUGAAGAGCACAAGGUCAGCUUCAGAAUCUUAAAAAAAAAAAAAAAAUCAUCUACUGUUACCGUUUCUCCUGACAGUCACAGUUUAUACAAGAAUAUUUGCUUUCUUUUAGACUUGUUCUUCAUUUAUUUUUUAUUUCUAGUCAAAAUAAAUAAAAGCAUUUACAAUAACUAUAAGUAAAGCUUUCUGUAUUUCAGAAAGACACAAACUAUUAGAAAGUGAAAAGUGAAUAAAUAAGUCACAGAAAAUGUAAAUUUUGUACAGUAUUAGAAUGUGUAAAUGAAGCUUGCUUGAAGGGGAAAACUUUAAAUAAAACUUUAUGUACUAA